UUUAUUUCUACAUAUUAGAUACAAAGAUCUGCAUCGUUUGUGUUGUUUUCUAAUAGAAUAUCUGUUAAUGUGAGCUUCUAACUCUGAUGGAAAGCUGUGGAUGUUCAGUGAAUGUUUGGGUGUUGAUUAAAUGCAGUGAUUGCCUCUCGUGUCGUUAAUGUUGCUGCAACGCCUGAGCGUAACUUCAUGACGUAGACUGAGACCCGCCAGGGGAAGCGGGAGGAGGAAGCGACCCAGAGGAAGUUUCGGUUGCUGAUGAGGAUCCGAGAGGCUGCUGAGGUUACACAACCUCCGCUCGCUUCACAGAAAGCACCGUCUGGUUCCCGGGGAGCGGCGCGAAACGUCGGGGAGGAGAUGAACGCUCUGCAGUCGGCCGGCAUGGCGGAGCUGGAGGGGCUGGAGUUCGGCAAGUCGGACUUCGUGCUGCUGGACGAGGUGACGAUGGAGCAGUUUAUGGACAACCUGAAGCUGAGGUUCGAGAAGGGCCGGAUCUACACCUACAUCGGGGAGGUGGUCGUGUCCGUCAACCCGUACAGACAGAUGGACAUUUACGGCAAGGACGCCAUCGAUGCGUACCGAGGCCGGGAGCUGUACGAAAACCCGCCCCACCUGUACGCGGUGUCCGACGCCGCCUACAAGGCCAUGAAGAGACGAGCCAAAGACACCUGCAUCGUCAUCUCAGGUGAGAGCGGAGCAGGAAAGACAGAAGCCAGUAAAUACAUCAUGCAGUACAUCGCAGCCAUCACCAACCCCAGCCAGAGGGAGGAGGUGGAGAGCGUGAAGAACGUGCUGCUCAAGUCCAACUGCGUGCUGGAGGCCUUCGGCAACGCCAAGACCAACCGCAACGACAACUCCAGCCGCUUCGGGAAGUACAUGGACAUCAACUUUAACUUCAACGGGGAUCCCACCGGAGGACACAUCAACAACUACCUGCUGGAGAAGUCCAGGGUGGUGCAGCAGCAGGAGGGGGAGAGGAACUUCCACUCUUUCUACCAGCUGCUGCGCGGAGGCUCAGAAGAAAUCCUGAAGUCGCUUCACCUGGAGAAUGACCCCGCCCUGUACACCUACACCAGAGAGGGCGCCGCAGCUGCAACUUCCAACAACGAUCGCUCGAACCACAAAGCGGUGAUGAGCGCCCUGGAAGUGAUCGGCUUCUCAAAAGAGGAGAUUAGGUCUAUUUACCAGAUCCUCGCUGCCAUUUUACUCUUGGGUAACGUGGAGUUUGGGAGCGACGGCGAGAGCGUUCAGGUCCUGGGACAGGACACCGUGGACCACAUCUCCGAGCUGACGGCCACAGACCCGGAGUGCGUCACCAAGGGUCUGCUUUACCGAACCGUGGCCACCGGCGGCGGCGAGGUCAUCGAGAAGGGACACACGGAGAAGGACGCCUGCUUCGGACGGGAUGCCUUCGCCAAGGCGCUGUACGAGCGGCUCUUUGGCUGGAUCGUGAGCCGCAUCAACGGCAUCAUUGAGGUGAAGAACUACAACCCAGUGCUUCAUGGGAAAAACACCGUCAUAGGUGUGCUGGACAUCUACGGCUUUGAGAUCUUUGACAACAACAGUUUUGAACAGUUCUGCAUCAACUACUGCAACGAGAAGCUGCAGCAGCUUUUCAUCGAGCUGAUCCUCCAGCAGGAGCAGCAAGAAUACCAGAGAGAGGGAAUCACCUGGCAACACAUUGAUUACUUUAACAACCAGAUCAUCGUUGACCUGGUGGAGCAGCAGCACAAAGGAAUCCUCUCCAUCCUGGACGAGGCUUGUCUCACCGUUGGUAACGUGACCGACACCGUCUGUCUGGACAGCAUGGACACCAAGCUGGCUCAGCAUCCUCACUACACCUCCCGCAAGCUCAGUCCCACUGAUAAGACCAUGGACUUCCAGAAACACUUCCGCAUCCGCCACUACGCCGGAGACGUCACAUAUUCUGUUGAGGGCUUUCUGGACAAAAACAAGGACCUCCUUUUCCAAGAUUUCAAGCGGCUCAUGUACAACAGUGCCGAUCCGGUCCUGAAGGAAAUGUGGCCAGAUGGUCAGCUGAGCAUCACAGAAGUCACCAAGAGGCCUCUGACCGCAGCAACGCUUUUCAAGAACUCCAUCGUGGCUUUGGUCGACAAACUGGCCUGCAAGGAGCCGUACUACGUGCGAUGCAUCAAACCCAACGAGAUGAAGUCCCCGGUGUUGUUUGACGACGCCCGCUGUCAGCACCAGGUGGCCUACCUGGGUCUGCUGGAGAACGUGAUGGUUCGCAGGGCCGGCUUCGCCUACAGGCAGCAGUACCCGCGCUUCCUGCAGAGGUACAAAAUGACCUGCGAGUACACCUGGCCCAACCACCUGAUGGCCACGGACCGGGAGGCCGUGGAGGCCAUCAUCACGCAGCACGGCUUCCAGGGCGACGUGGCGUACGGCCACACCAAGCUGUUUGUGCGAACGCCGCGGACUCUCUUCACCCUGGAGCAGGAGAGGGCCACCCUCAUCCCCAUCCUGGUGCUAUUCCUGCAAAAGGUGUGGCGAGGCGCUCUCGCCCGUCUCAGGUGCAGGCGGAUGCGAGCCAUCUACGCCAUCAUGGGCUGCUACAAGCGCUACAAAGUCAAGGCCCACUUCUGGGAGGUGGAGCGUAGGUUUGCAGGCGUGCGCACGAUGCCGGACUAUGGGAAGAGCGUGGAGUGGCCCGCACCGCCCGCAGCUCUGGCCCAGUUUCACAACAUCACAACCAUGCUGCAUCGCAGGUGGUGGGCGAGGCAGAUCGUGAAGAACAUUCCUCCGUCUGACAUGUUGGAGGUGCGAGCCAAGGUGGCGGCGCUGAGCUCUCUGAGCGGAGAGAGGAAGGACUGGGGCAUCGGCCGGGCCUGGGAGAGAGACUACCUUUCAAACGUGCGGGACUGCCCUCAGACCAGCUCUGCCUUCAUCAGAGUCUCCAAAGAGCUGAAGAGCAAAGAUGGCUACGGUCAGGUUGUCUUCUCUGGCUUCUGUAGGAAGGUGAACCGAUUCAACAAAAGCACAGACCGAGCCCUGCUCGUCACGGACAAGUACGUCUACAAAUUAGAACCCAAGAAGCAGUACAAGGUUCUGAAAAGGCUGCCUUUGGACUCGUUUACGGCGCUGAGCGUGACCAGUGGGACCGACCAGAUGGUGGCGCUCCACACGGUGUCCGAGGAUGACGUGCUGCUGUGUCUACAGCAAGGCGAGCUGAGCCCCAACCAGGACCGAGUGGGCGAGCUGGUCGGCGCUCUGGUGGACCACUUCACACGCAUCAGAAAAGGUCUUCUUCCUGUGAAGGUCUGCCGCUCGGUGCUGCAGCUCCACAUGCGAGGAAAACCCAAGAACGUGACGGUGGAGACCAAACCGGGCCAGACCGCUGCGGACUUCAAGAAGAGCCGAGACGGUUUCGUCCUGCUGGUUCCUGAUAAAUGAGAGAAAAUCUUCAGCUUUACCUCGGACCACCAGCGGGACUUUUAACGGGUUCUGAGCAGAACCCGGCGUAUCAUUCCUGAGCUUCACAGGGAGGAAACAUGGAGAAGAUGGAAGAUUCAGUGCAGCUGGAAAGACUCAUAACUCUGCUGCAACACGGAGAUGUUUCAGAGCUUCUCUGCUUUUUUUAUAGGAUAUUUUUUUAAAUAAAGUUUAGAAUGAAAAUAAAUUAACUUUGAUAACAAAAAUGGGGUCCAAAUGUGUUUGGGUCUGACCCGAAGCGCAAUCAUGGAGAAUAAAUUAUUCAAGCUUUA